UGCCUGAUUGGGGAGGCUCAGGCAGCUUACCAGGCCAUGAGUGACCAGCACGCCACCGAGUAUGACCUGGUCAAGCAGGCUAUCCUCCGCCGACUCAACAUUACUACCGAGACCCACCGGGCGCGGUUUCGGGAGUACCGGAGAGCCCCGGAGACACGCCCCAGGGUGGUUGCGGAGAGGUUGUGCGACCACAUGGUGCAUUGGCUGACCCCCGGGAAGAAGACCGUCCAGCAGAUGGGGGAAGCCAUUGUGGUAGAACAGUUCUGCCAUGUGGUCGGCGCCGAAACCCAGGCGUGGAUACGGCGCCACAACCCCGACACCCUGGAGGAGGCGGUCAAAUUGGCCGAAGAUUUUGAGGACUCCCUGACCUCUGCCCGGAUCGGGAUCCUGUCCGCCCCUGCCCUUCGGAGCAGCCGCGCUCUCUCUCCCUCUCCUCCAACAUCAUCGCCACCACCCCCCUCGUUCCAGGGACCCAGACCUCCCAGAGCACCGACCCCAUUGGGCCCCCUUGCCUCCCCCCCAUGGAGAUCAAGGUUGGCCCCCAGCUGGGGUAGAGGUGCUGCCCCUGCCCCGUUGCCAUACCAGCAGCGGGACAGAUUUCUAACCCAUGCCCCCUCUGUCCCUCCUAUCUGUUUUAGGUGCCACCAGCCGGGACAUCUGGCCAGGUCAUGCCCCGCUGCCAUGGAGUGUGACGUGGCCGCGUGCAAUUGGGCACCUGAGACUGACAGCUAGAACAUAUCCGGAGCUGUCGCACUGGGCGAACACAAGCCGGAUCACCUCCUCACGUACUGUCACAACGUCCUGUGUAUUCACUCACCACAAUCACGACUGCACGCACCCGAGACGGGUGACCGUAUUCUUGUUUCUUUUGUUCAGGACUGUAUCCUGUGUUUUGUCAGCCCGAGCUUUACACAUCGUUGUGUAUUGCCGGGCUUAUUAUUUUGAGCACUAGACCAGUGCUGGCAAAUAAAGCCUAUUUUUCCACUGGACUACCGUUGUCUGCUCAUUACUCCUGCACCGCAUCACUGCUACACAGCUA